AUGCGUCUCGGUCCUCUCCUCACCUCAACGGUGACUGUCUUCUCUUCCAUUGCCCAUGCCCUUCCAUCAAAGAACACAACCAUCAACGUUCUCUAUCGCCAUGACCGAAAUGAUGAAAAGCACGGCAUAGCCGCAUUCAACGGCGCAAAGCAGCUUAUCGGUCACACCUGUGACUACACCUUAGACCAUGGAAACUUUGCUGCCGAACAUAUCCAGUUCAAAGUUGACGAGAAAGCUUCCGGAGAAAUCACCAUUGGAGGCAAAACCUACCCAAUCCAUUCUAAGGCUGAGCACUCCGGUGGCCCAACAUGUAACCGCAUCUACAGUGAUGAUGAGGUUGAGCUGGAUUGCACUGUUACCAUGGAUGCAAAGUUUGUGGGAAGACCUAUCUCAAUUAAUGAGACUCAGGCCUGUUUUGGGGGUGAUCUUACUGCAUUUGAUUUGGCAAAGGGUGUUAAGAUUCUUGAUACUUCCAAAGCUGGACCAGUGGACCGUAGCUCCGCUGUUCCGGUCACUAAGAGUGAUCUUAAUGAACUUGAGAAUGUUGAUAAGCGCUCGUCAUGUUCUUCCAGUGAGACCACUGUCGCUAUAAAGAGCGUAAUUCAACAGCAAUACUUUGCUGAACAGUACAGUAAAAACAUCGACUGCGGCACAUCUUCAUCCUGCUCCGCCUCCGUAACAGACAGCACCGCAUACACCUUCUCCUUCACAUCGACCUUCACACUAUACAAAUGGAUUAAUGCCGGAUUCAGCGUUGACAAAUCAUACACUGAAGGCAACUCCUACACCUGUGGCGGAACGAAAGACGAAACAGUAUGUGUAUGGUACAAUGCCGCACACACAAAAUACCAGGCCCAAAACCAGAUAUCAUUGUACUGCGACGAUGGUACUGGUGGAUCUAAUGUCAUCGAAGACCCAUCGGUACUUGUCUCGCCGAACAGCAACGGAAAGGGCUCGAAGUAUUACUGUGUUAUUGGAACUUGUCGGGAUAAGGGAGAGGGAUACUGGAAUACUGUCGGAAGAUAUGGGGGUCCGAAUGGAGUGAAUGAUCUCGGUGAUGCGGGUGUUGCUCCUUGA